AUGAUAGGACGAAUCGACGACGUUGAUACUCGCCUGGGCGCGGUGGCUCUUCUGCUAGUUGGGUCCAAGGCCGACAGUGAAUCUUUGCACGACGACGUUGCCGAGAUCUGCGGCGAGCUCCAUCACGUCCACGAAAAGCUCGAUGCUGUUGCAGCUCAGAAGCUGAAUUGGCGUGACGCACCUCCCGACGACCUGCAAGCGGCGCUUGGCACGCUAGCCGCAGUCAUGGCCAUUGACGACCACGGCACAUUCGACUCCGCGUUUUGGUUCUUCAAUGUCCCGUCGUUUGCCUGA